UCUAGUUUCACUGUUGAGAAACAUCAUCAUAGUAACCCGGGAAAGGCGACCUCGGAGGCGGGUGGCGACAUUCCUUUGAAGGAAUCUCACAGCGAAACACGGGAGACGUUGUUGCCUGGGCUAACUCUGAGGCAAUGGGUGAAUGUAGAAAAAAGUUGCUUGCUUAGUUGGCAAAACUGCUAGCUGAUAUUGGUUUGCUAUCGUUAGCUGAUGCUAACGUUAGCAAACACAGCUGAACGAAACCGAAGAAGUCGCCCAGAGAAGUUUGGAUUUUCUUAUCAUGAGAACAUCAGCUUGAAUGCGGACACCUAGACGCACCGGAUCGUUUCCCUAAAGGUGAACGGGAGAGAUGAGGAGCAGCAGGAGGACUGAGGCGUCUCUUAAAAGUUCUGCUCAACAGCUUUCCGAUCAUAAUGUUGGCACAGAGCUGACAGCUGCAUGGAAAAGUUUGGCUCAGUCCAAAGUUGCUUUGCGGCACAUAGAAAACCGUAUAGAAGCGGCUCCAGGAACAGGGGUUAUCCUGGACUCUGUCAUUGACUCCACUAAGAAGAAAUCCCAUAGGGUCCGCCACAGAGAUGGACGACAAGUUGAUGACAUCGGAGGGUCUUCAAAGCCUAGGGGUCGAAGUCAGCAGAGCCCAGAAAAGAGCAGCUCACGUAGCCCCUUGAGAAAUACCACCCAGGACAGAAAUGUCCGAAGGAACAACAGUGUGGAAUUCAGGGAACCGCUGGCCUCGUAUAGAGAGGCCACCCCACCACCACAUCCCUCCUCUCAGCUGGAGGCCUGCAGUCAGAAGUCAGUGCCAGCGUCUUCGUACCCUUCCUCUCCUCCUCACUCAGAUUCUCUGCCCAGCCAGCUGGGCUACCAGAGACACACUGUGGACAAGGAGUUGGACAAGGAACUGGACAGCACACACUCAUCAGCUCUGCAGAGCACUGAGGUGCGCUACCUCAAUGACCAGCCAGCCCUGGAUGCCAUGAGGACUAAGGAAAGCACUCCCAAAGCACAAGUUGGCAUGGAUAGCCAACAGUCAAGUCCGUGUAUUGCUCCCAUCCCAGGCUCUUCACGGCAAGGGGACAGCACACCAUCCACCAGCCCUGGUUCAGCUUCCCAGCGGUUGGAGAACCUAAGACGUCAUCAACCCGAUGACAAGUUGGAGAAACUCAAAGAGCGCAUUCGAAGGCAGAGACAACAUCUAGAGGAAGCUGCAGAGAGGGAGAGGCUGCUGGGGAAUUUGGAACAGCCCCUAAUGGCAUUUGUGGAGACUAACAAUGCUGGUACAAGCAACAAGCCGACAGCGAAAAUACGCAAAGUAGCAGCUGCACCACCUGCUCCUAUAUACAAAGGUUUCAACAGUACAGAGACAAAGAUCCGGACUCCUGAUGGGAAAGUUUGGAAGGAGGAGGACUUUCAUAACCUCAGCAGAGAAAUAUACAGAGACCUGUCAAAGCAGUUUCUUGAGAGCACCAGACAUAGGCACCAACAGCAGAGGGAACAGAGAGCAGACAGGUCCAAAGAGAGGAGGCCUCCCAAAACCGUUAGGAAGGUCCAUAGAGCUGCCCCUGCCUCUGACCUAAAUCCAAAACCAGUGAUUAGCCCUGCAUCAUGGCGGGAGGGCCAGAAGCUGGUAAAGAUGGUACUAGGUCCAGUACCUAAGCUGCCCAGGGAAGAGGACAAUCCCCAUACAGCUGAUUUACUGAGCCGAACAGAUUCCCACCACCGCUCAGAACCAUGCUCAGAAUCAAGGCGACGAUCACGCCCAAACAGCACAGAGCGGCCUUGCAGUGGAUUUCAGGGACAACCACAAAGCAACCUCACACCCACAUCUACCCCAUUGUCUGCAGCCCAGGACAAGAUCCCAGUAGAAUUAAGCACGGACCUGUUGUCAGCAGACAUCCAAGGGAUACUGGAUGACCUUCAGCUGGAGUGCAAAGCAGUUGAGAAAGAGGAGAGGGCCCGAAAACGGUCGCGUGGUAGCAGCAGUGGUAGGAGAGGGAGAGGGGGCUCAGGGUCACGGACAAGGACGCCCGUCUCCACUUGGGGAACUACUGCGGCAGCAAAUGGCUCAUCAAGAGUUUGUCGCAGUGCCAGCCCCACUACACACCGUCCAGAAACCACCAACAUAACUGACACAAAGCACAAGAAACGGCACUAUGAUGCAGAUACAGUUCGCCAGUAUAUUGCCCGGCAGCAAGAAGAGAGAAAAAGGCGUCAGACAGAGGAGAAGAGGGCAAUGAGAGAGGAGACAGAGAGGAGAAACCAGAGACUGCAGGAGCUCUACAGGAAGCAAAGAGAGGUUGCUAGAACUGUGGCAAUUCCCACCGAGACUUCUGUGGCCCCUGUACAAAAGCGGCUACAAGAGACCUACAACAAACUGCUGAUGGAGGAAGCCCAGCUGGGCGAGGGGGCUAUGCACACACUCCCUGCAGUUCCUUCGAGUCAGAUGAGACCAAUGUACCAGCCCUCAGGAGAGUCGGACAAAGAGAACAAAAGACUAGAGGCACCCCAGAGCCCGUCAAGCAGUGAUAGGUCUUUAAAUGAUCAUCCGCCACCUUCAUUAAAUAGAAAUGAUCUGGAUGUUCGAGUUGCUCCUUUGCCCCGGCAUGAACAUUUGUACCCACUUGUUAGAUCUUUGACUGGCCCCAGCAGGACUGCUCAAGGACCAGCUGAUACCCAUCUCUUCUCUCAACUUUUAAGGCUAGAGGAAGAAGUAGCUGCUGCUGACAUCAAGAAUACCCCGCGACCAGCCUCAGCCCCUUCCAGCAGGUUCCGUUCCAAAAUGUUCCGCAUUGAAGCCCUCAAGGCCACAGCUGCAUCCCUCUCUAAUCGUAUAGAGAGUGAGGCACGAAAGCUUGCUGGGGAAGGCAUCAACUACGGUACUGCAACGUCAGUGGAUGCGGAUACUGUUUUGGCCUCCAGGACCUCUGAGCUCGGAGAUGGAUGGGGAAAAACAGCUGCACGUGACACAGAAAAUGAUAACAUGGCUCUGAGGAUCCAGAAGAUUUUAACUAGCACAGGUUAUAGUUCAUACAAUGGCACAGCUCUUCCAGGAGCAGGCAGUCUGAAUUCCUUCAGGGAACAGAAAUUAAAGAAUGGUACACAGACUUCUGUUGAUGUAGUGGGCCCCAUUUUGAACAGUUACACACAAGAAAGGGGGACGCUAGUCAAUGGCUUGGAGAAGGACACAAGAAUGAAUAAAGUAUCACAGAGGAAACAAAUCGAGGAGGGCGAGAAUAGGACAGAUCUCCAGGAUUCAAGUGGUGGCUCUAUUAGUGAGGGACCUCUUCUGAGUGAAGGGAGUUUUUCUGAAGAUGAGCAAAGUCCUCCUCACCCCUAUAGAUAUAAUUCUGUACCUAGACCAGCAGAUCGCCUGGAAGCAGUGGACUACUGUGCACGUCAAAGAAAGGAUUACCAGCGGCUGAUGGAGUUCCAGCAGGAAGCAGAGAAAUGCUCAAGCCUCAGCUUAUCCUUUGCACAGCAGGACAGGGAAAAAGCAGUUUGGGAAGAGCUGAACAAAGGAAGCCCUCUAAGUGUAAUAAACAUCUUCACUAAAAACCAUCACAGCCAUGUUAAAGUGAGUGAUAGAAAUUUGGAGAGGAAUUCUCCAUCUGCCCAUUCUGUGCCCUCUGGAAAUGGACCUGAAGAUGCAGCAGUCUAUGAAGAUGACUUUGUAUCAUCGCAUAGCAGCAAAACCAGUGGCCAAUUAAAGAGAGGCUCCAAUUCACCCAGUGUGAACAGUCACUUUGAAGAGCUUAUGAGGAGGUCACCUUAUGAAAGAAGUGCAGAUGGCAGUCAUUCCCACCAUUCAUCCUUUCACUCACAACAUCUUUCCUCUGGUUCAACACCUGGUUCCUCACCCCUCACCAGGCAAUCUGCCAGAAAAAUAGGAACAGCGUCAGAUCAGAGCGACACCACACUCGUAGAGGAGCAGAGGAGUUCUUGCUCUCCACCUUCUGAAUCACUAUCAUCUGAUUCCAGGAAGGGAGGCUCCAGCAAAAACUCUGCCCACACCCAGGCCAAGAGUGUCCACUCUAAUGACUCUCUAAGGGAAACUUCUGGACAUUCUCACCAACAGUCCAGAUCGGUUUCUUCUUCUGGCUCUCCCAUCCCUCGGUCUCCUCCAACAGCAGACUCUCUCAGUGAGCCUUUAAGAAGUGGGUCCAACCAAAACACAGGCACUUUAGCUCCUGGUGGUAGAACAGAGACCAAGUCUACUGGUGAGCUACAGUAUUCACCUGCUGUCUUGCAGCAGCGUAUGGCAGCAGAACUCCAGUACUUGGAGUCAAUUGAGGAGGCAGCCAGACAGUUGGGGGAUGUGGAAAGGCUAAUGGGUGUGUCCAUGGCACAGCAGGAGAGUGCAUCAUUGGCCCAAAUGCUCAAGGCCAAGCAGCAGCGCCAUGAACGUGAGCUCUACGAGCUGAAGAUAAAGGCUGAACGAGAGGCUCUUGAGGCAAAACUACAGCUGGAAGAAAACAGACAGAGAGUGGCCAGGGCUCAUAUAGAACUGCAGGAAACCUUGGCAGCAUCUCAGAAAGAGACUUUGGAAGGCCUCCAGGAAUCAACUACUAAGAUGAUGACUCAACAGGCUGAGGCAGCGCAGUACACAGCCGAUGCUGCCCGACACAUCAAAGAGAUGACAGAACUAGCCCGUUCACAGAUGUCAGGAACUUUGAUUGUCCCCCCUGUUGCCACCGAUUCUUCCAUGGUGGACCAAAGUAAAGAAAAUGAGAGUUACUCAAUGGAGCAUCGACAGGAUAAAGCUGACUCUGACAGCUAUCAGAGUGAGCUAUCAAACAGAAGGACCAGGUCAGAGGAACCCCUGUCUUCAUUGAACAGCCCAAGUCACUCUGACUCACUGUCCUUCAGAAAACCAAACCUCAGUGGAUCUGCAUCUAGCAGCCAACACAGCCCAUCACAUCUCAUCAACCACGGAGAACAGAUGAAAAAAGAGGCAGCAGAGGGGAAAUGGAGGAACAGUGGACUUGAAAGGCCAAAAAUGGAAGCAGCCAGCAGCUCCAUAGAAGAGGAACUUCCAGCAGCAGCAAAUGACUCCAUCUGCAGUGACAGCAUUCCUUCUGUACUGGAUGAAAAAGGAGACAGUACAUCAGUGGCCACAGAGUACUCACUCAAGUUUGAUGAGUCCAUGACAGAGGAUGAGAUAGAAGAGCGCUCCUUCCGCUCUCUUCUGCCAUCUGAGGCCCAUCGGCGUGGAACUAUGGAGAAGAAAUCCCGCCAACCCGAGGAAUCAGAAGAUGAUGGAGCCAAUCACAACACAUUGGUUUCAGGGUCGGGGUUGCACAAUACUUAUAAGUCACAGGACGCAAACAUAGCCUUUUCUGGUGGCCAGAACAGCUUUUCUCAGUUCACUAUGGACAUGGUGCGCCAGUACAUGAAAGAUGAGGAGGUAAGACUGCAGCACCAGAGCUCGUUGCUGCAUCUUCGCCAGAAAGCCCUCAAGGAGAAGACCAGAACAGAGCUGGCCUGGCUGGAGCACCUGAAAAAGAAGCUAAGAGAUAAGGGAGAGGAUGACAAAAUGCCACCAAUCAGGAAGAAGAAGAGGGGUCUUCUCUUGAAACUACAGCAGGAGCAGGCUGAGAUCAGGCGACUUCAGGAGGCCAACAAAGCAGCAAGGAAGGAAAGACAAUUAUUGCUGAAACAGCAGGAGGAGAUUGAACGGAUGAGAAACUCAACACUCAGACUGAAGGAGCGUCUCAAGUGUGCUGGGGUUGAAGCACCUCCUGAGACCCCAGUAUCAGAAACCCUAGGGUCUGAGCCAGCCUCCCCUCACAUGAGACAUGCUGAUGAUAACCGCAGCCCCUCUCCCUCACUCUCUGUCUCUGGAAGUGAGACUAGCAGCAUCAUGCAGAAGCUCAAGAAGAUGCGUUCUCACAUGGAUGAAAAACACUGUUCUCCUGUCCACUACUUCUUCUCUGUGUUCACGGCCCAUCACUGGGCUUCCCUCAGUGUCUGUCUUCCCAACCUUCAUCCUAAAUUUCAGCUCUUUAUCUACAACCAGUUGGUCAGGUUCCUGACCAAGCGAGAACAGCAGCUGAUGCAGAGGCGUCACCAAGCUGAAGAGCUGCUGCAGUGGAAGCAGCGGCUAGACAAGGAGGAGGCAGAGGUUCGUAGGAUGGAGAAAGAGGCCCUGGCUGCAUGGGACCAGAAAACACUUCGGGACAAGGAUCUCGACAUGUCAGAAGGACAGGAAAAGGAAAUUUCUGAUAUAAGCUCCCACCCCAGUCACCACCAAAGCUCAGAGCUCAGAACUGACAGUGAGAAAGAGUAUGUUAGCGAGGGCGACUGUUCUUCAGUGGCACCCGAGUCCAGCAUACACACAGAGGACCCAGCACAGCCUGCUUCAGUCUCUGAAACAUCUUUGGCCUCUGUCCAGAACAGCCCUGCAAAUUACACUCAAGACUUCACUUCAGCAUCACCUACCAGACAAUCUUCUGCUCUCAAAGGCAGCCACAGCCCAGCUGCAUCCCCUUCAGAGGGCAGCAGUAACAUAAAGAUGCAGCUCCGCUCUACCUCCCAGGCAUCCAUCCGCCCCUGCACUCAGCCCAUCGACCCUCCAGUGGCCACACAGUCUGAAGCCAUUUCAGACCAAAGUGAUAUAGAGAGUCGUAUCAAGGCCCUCAAGGAAGAACUGAAAAAACGGAAGUUAAUGGCCUACCAGCUGAAGAAAGAGCAGAAGAAGCGACAUAAGGAGCGACUGAAGGCACAGGAAGCGAACCUAUUGAAACAGCUGGAGAACUACAACAACUUCAUUGAGAAAACUAAGGCAGAACUUAACAAGGAGCCAGAGUCAACACUUGAUACCAACUCUCAGAUCAAGGAGUCCAACUCUGUUUUAGAGCAACUUCCAUCUUCACACAGGUCUGAACACAUCACAGUCUCGGAGUCUGAAAGGACACAAAUUGAUGCAUCAAUAGAUCAUCAUGCCUUUCCUAAGCCAGAUUGUAGUAGAUCAGCCUCAGUGCCUGAAGACUUUUCUGGUGAGGAACCUCAAAGAGUCACUUCAAGUGUGGUGGUAUAUGACAGCCCAGAGAGUCCAACCCCAGGACAGAGGAUUCAGCAGUCUACAGAAGAUCUUUUUAGGCCAUGCUCCGCUGAAGACAAGUCAGAAUUUGAGGAUGAGAACAGCGUGUCUGAUCACAGAUCUGAUAUUCAGGAAGAGCUGGAGGUGGAAAUAAGCUACGGACUCAAGGAUGAACAAACUCAGCAUCUUCUAGAACUAGAAAAGGAAGACAGACUUGACUUCCAGGAGAGGUUGUCUACAUCUAAACACGUUUCCUCUUCCGUGGAUGAAGAACACCAACAUUCACCAACUGUUAGCCUUGAACAGGGAAAUCAGGUGAAGCAGACUGAAAUAUCUGAUGUAGAGGAAGCUUUAAAGCCAAAUGUUGUUGCAUCUAGCCAGCCACAUUCAGCCGUAGUGGACCUCAAAACCUCACCACAUCAGAGCUAUAGCUCUUCACCUGUUGACCAGUCCCCGUCCCCGGACUCUGUUCCUUUUGGUUCAAAUAAGGAGGCUUCCAUAAAAGAUACUGAGGCUUCUCCAAUAGCAGAUGGUUAUCAUGAUGACUUUGAGUCAUCAGUGGAUUCUUCAUCCAAGGUAGAGCAUUAUAGUUCCAAAGCUGGGUCUCAAGUCUUAGUUUCCCCUCCUGAAAUCAAGGAUUCAAGAAAGGACUUCUCUAGCAGGGCCAUGACCCCUGACAGCCCAGAAGAAAUUGUGGAGGAAGAAAUAGCUGAAGAUCUGAGUCCCCAUUCUGGUGUGAGCGAUCCAAGCCAUCAAUCUGGAAGGCUGCUAGAUCUCACUAAGCACACAGAUGGUUUUAAACAGAGCAAUGAGAGCAUUCAUUCCAGAUACUCACAAACCAUCUAUUCUCUUCAGACCCCCCUCUCUCCUGUUAUAGAUGAAAUGCCAGAUUUUAACAUUGGAGACAGAGUUCUUGUUGGUGGUGUUCAGCCUGGCACUCUAAGGUUCAAAGGUCCAACCAGCUUUGCCAAUGGCUUCUGGGCAGGUGUGGAGUUAGACAAGUCCGAAGGGAGCAACAAUGGCAGUUACGAUGGAGUGGUAUACUUUAAGUGUGAAGAGCACCAUGGUAUAUUUGCUCCUCCAGACAAAAUCACACACCUCCCAGACAAGUUUGAGCUCUACACUGAUACUACAGAAGAUGAGGAUUCAUACUUUGAUGACUUGUCAGAUAAAGAAAGAAAUGAACCUAAAACAGAUGAGAACAAUUUCCAAAAGCAAGAAAAUCUUAACAGGGAAAAUGACAAGACCUCUCAUAAGGAAACUGGCUCAAACGAUAAAAAGGAAAUAGAUGGAUCCCUUCACAAGAGCCAGAGUCCACAUUGGGACAGACUCCACCUCAAUUCACAGCAUCACAAAGAUUCUACGCAUCAAUUUUCUGAUGACAACAUUAAGGACAUAAUGUUGAAUUUUGAAGACGCAUCGCGCACACUCAUAUCUGACUUGGAUCAAACAGGGCAGGUAAAUGAAAGUAAAAAGGAGAUUACAGCCCUGGUUGAGAAAGAAGAUGUAGAGUCACAUGAUAAGGAGAAAGAAAAGGACAUGGAUUUGCUGGACACAGUUGCAGACAAACUUGUCAACAACUUUGUGAAAGACGCUCUUAAGCAGUUUGCUGAAAUUAAAAAGGCUAAAGAGCAGAAGAUACAAGCAGCCAACCUGAUGAAUGGAGACCUGUUUGGUGAAGAAGAAGGAGAGUGGAACUCUUCAGUGGCUCAAAAAGAUGAUCUACCCUUCUUUCUGCCUGUUGAAAAAGAGGAACUGUCUUCUCCAGAACUGUGUAACCGACCAGAGAGUCCAGUGUUGGGAGCCAGUGGUCAAGAAGAGCUCGCUAAGCGUCUAGCAGAGCUGGAACUGAGCCGUGAAUUGCUAAAUGACCUCGGCGAUGAUCAGGACUGGUUUGAUGAAGAUUUUGGCCUUAGCUCCCGUAGGAAACAGCAGAGACUCAAACAGAAAGAGGAAGAGGAAGCGGAAAGGUUAGGAGCAGGACUCGGGAGGUCUGGCUCAUCAGCUGGACCAAGUAUGGGGGAAGUGAUUUCAUCAUCAGAUGGAGAACCACAGAUAAAGAUACCACCUAGACCUGAGCUGCCUCUCCCCUUGCCUCCUAAACUACCUGAGCAGCCUGCCAUGGUGGUACCUCACUCAGCUGUAGAGGUGGAAAAGAUGGUCCAUGCUGCCACACAGGAGCUCUGGGACAGCUUUGACCUAGGAAAUAAGGGAACACUGACUCAUGGGCAACUGCCAAACCCACAACCUUCACAAGAAUACCUUGGUAAAGAGGACAGCAGCCAGGACCAGGAGGCACUGUCCAUCCGCAGCUACAAAAAGGCUGUGUAUGACUUGACCUGGGAGAUCCUUCAGGAGAUCUAUGCUGAAGACCCUAAUACUAAUCAGCCUCAGUGGGUCAAACUGCGUCGAGUCAAGUCCACUUCAUUUCACAAAGUCAGGACACCAGGAGACAUCACCAAAAUCCAGGAAUUCAUCACAGCAGAAGUACUGAAACUUUAUGGCCUCACAAAAGACCAGAGCCAGAAGACUGACUGGCAGAAAAUGCUCAAGUUUGGGAGAAAGAAGCGGGACAGAGUUGAUCACAUACUGGUUCAGGAACUCCACGAGGAGGAGGCUCAGUGGGUCAACUAUGAUGAGGAUGAGCUGUUUGUUAAAAUGCAGCUGGCAGACAGCAUCUUUGAUGCUUUGCUUAAGGACACAGCGAAUGUGCUCACACUAAUUUCUGACAAGAGGCCCAAAAGAGACACCCUCUACUGAUGGCUUUCCUGUUUAAAUUCUAGCUCAAUCCCAGUCUUUUUGCCACCUCUGGGGAACUCCAGCCAACCUAUCGCUGCUCAGGCUUCCACCAGCUGAUGUGCCAACAAUAACCCUCCGAUGCCUUCAGUCCCAGUAUUACCUCUCAGCUAAACAAAUUGUCCUUAUUUGCCGACAUUCAUUCACUGAAAUUCAUCAGCUGACUGUAGUGAUGAUAUUCUCACACACAAAAAUGCUUCUUGAGCAAUCCAGCCUUCUAACAUCUUUAACACCAUCUGGUCUGAGUUCUCACUUCCUGGGCUGGCCACUUUGUGGACUGGUCAGUUGGAGAAUAGGUAGAUGUGGUGAUAAGAUGGGCUGUGCCACUUGUAAGCAUGUUAAAGUCCAUGAAUGCUGCUAAGUUGAUUGUUCUGUCAUGGACUUUAGAAUAGCAUCCACUUGGAACAGCAGUAGGUUUUAUUUUCCACACACACAUACAUAUACAGUAGCAGUCAAAAGUUUGGACACACUCUCCCAUCCAUAUGAAUGGGUGAGUGUGUCCAGACUUUUGCCUGGUCAGUGAGGAAUCUACAGUGCAGUCUGUGAUUUUUGACAGUGAUACAUUAUAGCCAUGACUUUGUAAUCCAGCACAUUGAAAUUAAACAAUUAGGUUAAAGUACCAACUUUAAGAUGUAUUUUGAGGGGGUUUUACAUCUAUACCCAGUGAUCAGUGCUGUAAUUGUAGUUCUUUUUAUUCACAGUCCUCUUUGCAGGGCUCUGUAAGUUUGCCUUAAGAAAAAAAAAUAGUUCUCUUUAGCUCUUGCUUGCUUACAGGAACUUUUUGAUCAUUCUCUGGUCUUUGGCAAAUACAGCACCUGCUCAGUUGGACUCAGGUCAAGGGAUUUGCCUACCAGUAAUAAUUAAAUUCAACUCUUCAGCUCACAAGGCUCAUUGUUUGCUUUGACUGUAAGUUUACCAAAAGCUUGCUACAUGUUCUCUACUGUUUUUUUGGCUGUGUAUGAAAAAGUAUUUCACCCAUUAUGGGUAUGAAAACCAUCAAACACCUUUAAAGCAGAGAGCUGGCACUUUUUAUAAGUAAUCAGUGCUGUAUUAUAAAUCUGGGGUUGCAACAAUUUGUCUCUGACCAGAUGUGGCCAGACAUCACUGCGUUGGAACACUGAGUUCAGAUAUUCUAUGAAACGUGUUUGCCUGCUUAAUUAUUUAUUGUGUGAAAAUGUUUAAUUAGAAGCAAAAAGAGCAUUUGGGAUUGUAAAUGAAUUGUAAACAUACAGAGAAGAACUCAUUUUAACUUUGUGUAAAGAAAGUCUAAUGUUAUUGUAAAAGCACAAAUAAAAAUAUGAAUGUGAAUAUGGCAAUACAAUAGGUAGGUAGGAGGAACCAGGCAGAGAACAUAGAGAAAUGCGUUUUAAAUAUAUAAAGGUGUAGUCUUUAUAAUUAAUUGAAUCUGUUUGACUAAACUGUGUCCAGUUGUCCACAGCUGUCCAGUUGGUCAACACAAUCACUGUGUUCCACUUCAUGCUAUAUGUUAAUUUUUAGGAAGCAUAUUGCACAUUGUAGCAGUGUUGACCGGUUGAAGGAAAAUACCUCUGAUGGUUUGUGCUCCAUUAGAUUGUUCUGUGUGGUAGGUGUGAACAGACUACAUAACUCAGCCACCACUUUAAUAUGUAAUCUGAAAGUGGGACAGAAACAGCUGGCAGUAGGCUUGACUUGGUGUUUUUAGAAUUACAUGCUGGAUUUGAGCCUUACCUGUUCUACAGUCCACUUACUUUGUAUUCCUGGAGAAAACACCCAUGGUUGUCUUGUUUCUUUAUUUACUAUCUGAAAGGUUUGCUAGCAUAACAUUUGCCCUUAAAAAACAAACAAAAAAAAGCCCACCUUGUCAUGUAAAAGCACGUUUACAUGCUCCACUGGCUGCUGUGAAACAUCAGCCAGUUCAAACGAGGCGUCAGAAUGUAGCUAGAGGUCGUCUUACUCCAUGUUCAGUUCAAGUGCCUUUUUUUUUUUUUUUUUAAUUUGAGUUGUAGGUUUAUAACUGACUUUCUUGAUGUCUCAGCAUCAUUUGGACCUAUUUUCUUUGAAUGUCUCCUUAAACUGCUGUAUACUACCAUUUUUAUAAAUGAUCCUCAAAUGGCUGCUCUUCUUCUUGCUAGUUAACCAGUGCUUCAGUUUCUGCCUUAUCAAUAUUUCGGUGUAGCAGAGACUGUUUUUUUUAAAACCUUCUCAUAUUUCUGCGCCUCAGCUUGAGGAAAUGUUUGCAUCUAAAAGUUAUCUGCCUCUUAUCAGGCCACCCCGUGCAUCUGUGCAUAUAGACACAGUUGAGUAACGUUAUUGAUGUACUUACUAUAUCAGCAACAAGUGGCUCCAGCUGACAGGCUGCACAGUGUGAGUCAUUGAGCUGCUGUGGUUCAGCACGUAGGACUGUAUCUAAGGGCUGUGUGGUUUUUUUUUUUUUUUUGGUUUUUUUUUCGGUCCCACUGGCGGUGCUGGUUUGAUCCAACAAACUGUAAAAACUCAUUGUGGCAUGUAUGAGAGAGCUUGUUAAUCCUCACUGGAGCUAAAGUGACCUUAAACAGAGUCCUUUUUUCCCCCCCUUCCUACCGAUGAUGUUAAGGUGUAUGUUCAAACUGUACAUAAUGUAGGAAAAGACCAAAAAUAUUUGAUACCAAUCUCUCCAUGCUGUAUGACAUUUAAGUCUGGUCUGUAAAGGUGACAUGAUUAGUACCUUAGAAACAUUUUUUUUUAUUCUUGCAAGGCUUUAUUGCCAAUCCUGUGUCAUUGUACUCUUCAACUGAUUGUAUGUUGGUGGAAGUUAAGUUCCCCUCUGUAACUAUGCAGUACUUGGUUGUACUUAUUGUUUUGUAUGUCUGGACCAAACGGCUUAGACCUCUGCUGUAGUCUGUAGAUAAACUAAAUCUUCAAGUAGCUUAAAGCUGUUUGGUGUAGAGUGGUGUUGCUCCUGUCCACUGGUCUGAGGUCAGUUCUUUUUUCUUCACAAGGAGAUGGAGCAGCUUUACCUUAAAUAACAUGUACGGUUUGAUCUCUGUAACUAAAUUAAAAAAGUAGGAACAAAAUGUUUGCGUAUCGUAUUAACAAGUCAGAUUAGAGUUCCCUGAAUAUUUAUAAUAAUGUGCUGUGAGUGUGCUGUAAGUGCACUUGGAAACUUGUACAGUUCUUUUAUGGGUGUAAAUAUACUGUCUGUCCAAUCUGACCCACUGUUAUGGUAACCUGAACGAUUGUUGUAUAAAAACAAAAACACUUUACUUUGCAAAUAUGUACAUAGUAUAUAUUUGUUUACUAAAUGAAAUUUGAAACUGUAAAUAAAGCUUUCAUUGUUUCUAAAGGAA